CAAUGCGUCGUCUCCACCCAUUACGUCGCACGCUCCCUGCAGCCACGCAGUAUGGCCGCCGUGCUGUAGACUUUGGCGUGUUUCUCACACAAGAUUAAACCUUUUACACUUUUUUACAAAACAAUGUCGGCUCUACUUUUCCUGCAGAAGUCGUUGAGCAGACUGCCACCGGGCGCUGCUCGGCAGGUGGUCGGCUGCUGUUAUCACACCGAGAAAGGCGUCUACGGUUACCGACCCAAACAGACCGAGAGACCCCACAGGUUACAGAGCGACUGCAUUGCAGCACUGAAUCAAGAUCAUGGUCUGGCCCGGCUGGUGGAGGCAUACAGAGCACAUGGACACAAGGCUGCUAAGAUCAACCCGUUACUACCUCAAACACCGGUGGUUGACAGCGUCCCGGAGAUAGACAUGCUGACCAGCACCGUCACCGGACACCUUAACACCUCAGGUCUACGACACUUUGGCAAAGCGGAGGCUUCGGUGGAAGAGGUUCGGGCCUACCUGGAGGGAGCCUACUGCGGCCAUCUGUCAGUGGAGACCAGCCAGCUGAGCAGCCUGGAGGAGAGGGAGUGGUUCGCUGACCGCUUUGAGGAGCUCAAGAAGCAGAGUUUCUCCACCGGGGAGAAGAGGCAGCUGGCUAAGAUCAUGCUGGAGUCUCAGGAGUUUGACCACUUCCUGGCCACCAAGUUUUCUACUGUGAAACGUUACGGAGGAGAAGGAGCAGAGAGCAUGAUGGGCUUCUUCCAUGAGCUUUUCCACCAGUCGGCCCACAGCGGAGUCACAGACAUCAUCGUCGGCAUGCCACACAGAGGCAGACUCAACCUCCUGACCGGCCUGCUGGAGUUCCCCCCCGAGCUCAUGUUCCGUAAGAUGCGUGGCCUCAGCGAGUUCCCCGAGACCUCGCCUGCCAUCGGCGACGUCCUCUCCCACCUCACCUCCUCGGUGGAGUUGGAUUUCGGAGCUCCAAAGCGUCUUCACGUGACCAUGCUGCCCAACCCGUCUCACCUCGAGGCGAUCAACCCCGUCGCUCAGGGCAAAACCAGAGCCAGGCAGCAUCUCAGGAAAGAGGGAGACUAUUCACCGGAGGAAAACGCCCAGCCCGGGGACCAAGUCAUCUGUCUGCAGGUCCACGGUGAUGGAGCUUUCCCCGGCCAAGGGGUCGUGCCAGAAACGUUGACCCUUUCAAACCUCCCUCACUACAGAGUCGGCGGGAGCAUCCACCUCAUUGUGAACAACCAAGUGGGCUACACCACUCCAUCGGAGAGAGGGAGAUCCUCUUUGUACUGCAGUGAUGUCGGUAAGAUGGUGAACUGUGCUGUGAUCCACGUGAACGGCGACCAUGCAGAGGAUGUUCUGCGGGCCACUCGGCUGGCUGUGGAGUACCAGCGGCUCUUCAGGAAAGACGUCAUCCUGGACCUGAUCUGCUACCGUCAGUGGGGCCACAACGAGAUGGAUGAGCCUUUCUUCACCAACCCGGCCAUGUACAAAAUCAUCAGAUCCCGUAAGAGUGUCCCUGACUCGUACUCAGACCAGCUGAUCUCUGAAGGUCAGAUGACCGACGCAGAGCGUGACAAGAUCAAGACCGAUCACUACGGCAUGCUCAACGACAAGCUGUCCAACAUGACCCUGUACAGCCCUCCACCCACCAACCUGCAGGGCCGCUGGGGGGAUCUGGUCGAGCCCCAGGCCCGAGUCACCACCUGGGACACCGGCGUCCCCGUUCCCCUGCUACAGUAUGUAGGAGCGAAAUCUGUGGACAUCCCUGAGCAGAUCCAGGUCCACAGUCACCUUAGAAAGACCCAUGUACAGGCUCGGUUGCAAAAGUUGGAAGAUGGGACCAAGCUGGACUGGUCCACAGCUGAAGCUUUGGCUUUCGGCUCCCUCCUCUCCCAAGGCUUCAAUAUUCGAAUCAGCGGACAGGACGUCGGCAGAGGAACGUUCAGUCAGCGACACGCCAUGGUGGUGUGUCAGGACACCAAUGACAUGCACAUCCCUCUGAACCACAUCAGCCCUCAGCAGACCGGUUUCCUGGAGGUGUGUAACAGCCCGCUGUCUGAGGAGGCCGUGCUUGGAUUUGAGUACGGUAUCAGUAUCGCACAGCCGAAGCUCCUUCCCAUCUGGGAGGCUCAGUUUGGAGAUUUCUUUAACGGAGCGCAGAUCAUCUUUGACACCUUCCUCACUGGAGGUGAAGCCAAGUGGCUGCUCCAGUGUGGGAUGGUGAUCCUGCUGCCUCACGGCUACGAUGGAGCCGGACCAGAACACUCGUCCUGCCGUAUGGAGCGCUUCCUUCAGAUGUGUGACAGUAAAGAAGAGGGUGUGGACAGUGACUGUGUGAACAUGGCUGUGGUCAACCCCACAACUUCUGCUCAGUAUUUCCACCUGCUGAGGAGGCAGAUGAUCCGUAACUUCCGCAAACCCCUCAUUGUGGUUGGACCCAAGACACUGCUCAGAUUUUCUGGGGCGGCGUCCAGUCUGACUGACAUGGCACCAGGGACAUCUUUCAGACCAGUGCUGGGUGAUAAUUCAGUCCCAGCAGAAAGUGUCCACAAGGUGGUGCUGUGCUCGGGGAAGCAUUACUACGCCCUGCUGAAACAGAGGGAGACAUCAGCAGCCAACCAGAACACCGCUCUCGUCCGGCUGGAGGAGCUGUGUCCGUUCCCACUGGACGCUCUGCAGCAGGAGCUCAAAAAAUACCCCAACGCCAAAGAGUUUGUUUGGAGUCAGGAGGAGCCACAGAACAUGGGUCCCUGGUCUUUCGUAGCUCCCAGGUUUGAGAAGCAGCUGGCCUGCAAGCUCCGGUUAGUGAGCCGACCUGCUCUCCCCGCCCCGGCUGUCGGCAUCGGGAUGAUCCAUCAGCAGCAGCAGGAGGCCAUCCUCACCGCUACCUUCUCCUAAGAAUCCACCAGACUGGGAACCAAAAUAACCAGUUCACCAGCAUCGGCACAACACUACAUACUGGUAUCCGCUGUGGUCCUUCAAAACCAUCGUCCAUGCACUGCAGAAACAUGGGACCUUUUUUAAACGAUGCUCGGUUUAAAAAAAAUGAAUUGGUUAAUAUAAAUAACAAAUCAAAGGAAGUAUAAAAGAGAGUAGUGUUUAUUAAUGUUUAACUCUGAUAGUCAAACACAGGUUUUUAAUUAUUGUUUUAAUGGUUCGAAGGGAAGGGCUGAAUUAUUGUAUGCUUGUUUCAACAAAAAAAAAAGUUCCCCCUUCAUCUUAUUUAUAGCAGUAUUCUUUGUGUUCAGUGACAAGGCACUAUUGUAUGAAAAAGGACAACAGCUAAUGUGGUUCGGAUGUGAAUCGAGGCCUUAGAGACCACGUUUACAAUGUGUCUGUUAUCUGAGCGUCGUACUUGUAGCACUGGGGAUUGUAUCUUACCUGUGUCAAAUUGGUACAAGCUCCAGGUUUCAGGAAUCAGAAUGGUCCGUUCAAAACAAAAAAAUACGUAUUUGUGAUGAGUUUUUAAAAAUCUUCAGUAGUAACCAAGGGUUUUUUGGAGCCAGGAGCCAUAUACAGGAAGUCAGAAAGGGAUGGGAGACGGACUAACACAUUGUUGGUUUCGGUGUGCACAUUGAACAACCAGCGUGGCCCUGAUUCUAAUCCUGACAGUAUAAUUUAAGGUUGUGGUGGAAGUUAUUAUCCAUUCUGAACUAGGGAUGGAGCGAUUUAGGGCUGAUUCUGACUCAAAUAGCUGGAUUGUGUGUUGGUGACAAUGGGGCCGAUCCAUUCAAUUAAACUACAUAUUUAAAUACUAUAUACAUUAUAAACUGGAAUUUCAAUUCCUGAUAUUUUUACCAAUUUGCUGGUGUGUGAUUUAGAAUUUAAAUUAUACAUAACUUUCUUAACUUGUUUCAUCAAGUUAAGAAAGUAAUAUUUAAGUGAAGCCUGAUGGAAAAAAAAAAAAUUGAUCCCAGUCUCUUGCACACAGUGAGGCAUAUAGUUUAUUAAGUAUCGGAUCGGUACUCUGUAUCCGCCAAGAUCAAAGCGCAGUUAUCGGCAUGGGAACUGAAAGAGUCAGAUCGGUGCAUCCCUGUUCUGAACAGUUGUGAACUUUGCUGACUCGGCUCCCGGUACAGUUGUAUGAUCACGAGCUGAAUUUCAGGAUCUCCUGGUUCGAUGUCGAAAGCUCUCUGGAAGAAGCCCAGGGUGUCGUCCUGUUGUAUGUUACUGCUCGCCAUUCGCUCUGCACAAGUUAUCCAUCUUUGUACUGUGCUGAAAAGAAAAAUAUGACUAUAAUAUGUUAGAAAUGUUUAUGUAAGAACAGGGGUACUUGAACUGGAUUUCUGAAGAAAGAAAAAAAAAAAAAAAAGUACUUGAUGAUCGUCAUUAUCUCAUCAUGGUUCAAGCUGAGGACUGGAAAUAAAAAACAUUAAGGCAUUAAAAGGCUAAUGUAAAUAAAGCAAAUCAGAUGGAUUUCAAAUGGAAAUAUUUUCAAAUAAAUCUAUUUUCAUGUUUA